AGUUUGCUUCUUUUUCUUCCAGUUUUUGCUUCUGUCUUUUAAUGAAGCAAUCAAUCUCCUUUAAAGUCUGUCCUAUUAUGUCAAAAAAUAUAUGCUCAUGUUUUUGUUAGAAAAAUUAUUCAUCCGUAAAUUGACCGUCCUGUCUUAAGGUGAGUGGUGUGAGGCAUGAGACUCAAAAAAGGUGUCCUCCCGGCGAUGGUGCUGGCGUGCUUCUGCUUCUUCCUUUACCAUCAACGAGGCAAUGAAAAGACUGUUUACUUCUUCACCAAAGUCUUUCAAAACAUUACGCCCUUAUCCUCCGACCUUCAGAACACGGGAGGUGAGCGUCAGCCCUGGUGGCGGGAAGCAGUGUGUGGGAAUGAGACUCUCACGACCCAGCAGACGGGCACACCUCUCAAGCUGCUGUUCAGAGACGUGAUGCCAGUAAAGGACAAUACCAUUUUCCUGGUGUACACGUCGUGCAACUCAAGACCGCUUUACCGUGCCUGGUGCGCCGUUGAAAGCUGGGCGAGGCUGAACCCAGAUCGUCAUGUAUGGUUUGUGCUCACCUCGGGCACGGUGGAGGAGACGGAGCACCUCUCGACCCUCCUGAAGCAGUACGAUAACCUUCAAGUUGUGGGCGCUGACCUCGAUGAUUUGUUCACAAACACGCCUCUUGAGUCGUUCUACAGCGGACGGAAUUGGACUCGGAAAGACACGUGGCCUAUCAUCCAUAUGAGUGACAUGUUGCGUGUGCUACUGUUGUGGCAUUUUGGCGGCGUGUACAGUGACACCGACCUCAUUAAUCUGCGACCCUUCACGCUGCCGCUUAAUGGCAUUGGCAUGGAAAGCUCCAAUGUGCUGGCCAAUGGCUUCUUGUGCUUCCAUGCCAACCAUCCAUUCCUCAGCUACCUGAUGAAUAUCAUGCCUCAACAGUUUGAGCCCAAGACGUGGGGAAGCAUUGGAAUCUGGGCCCUCACAAGGGCAGCAAAAGAGACUUGUAAAAAAGACCUUGCCGACCUGUACAAGAGAGCCCCAGUGGCCUGCUCAGGGAACUUCACGUUAUACCCGACAUUAUCCUUCUACCCACUUCAUUGGAAUAUUUACUGGAAGUUCUUCAGUCCAGGAGGAGGAAAGGACUUUGAUAAG